AAUGGCGCGCAAUGCUCUCUCUUUCCCGGCGAGUGUUGCCGCACUUCGCGUCCUUACCCUCCUCCUCGUCUUCCUCCCUCUCCGUCCACUCGCCGCCCGCCACGACUACUACAAUGCGCUUAGGAAAAGCAUCCUCUUCUUCGAAGGCCAACGAUCGGGGAGGCUCCCCCCAGAUCAACGUGUUCGAUGGCGCAAAGACUCAGCCUUGCACGACGGAGCCACCGCCGGGGUUGACUUAACGGGUGGGUACUACGACGCCGGAGACAAUGUGAAGUUCGGGUUCCCAAUGGCCUUUACGACGACGUUGCUGUCGUGGAGCGUCAUAGAUUUUGGGAGGAACAUGGGGCCGGAGCUGAGGAACGCCGUCAGGGCCGUCAAAUGGGGGACGGAUUACCUCUUGAAGGCAACGGCGGUGCCUGACGUCGUUUACGUCCAGGUGGGUGACGCGUACUCCGAUCACAACUGCUGGGAGCGGCCAGAAGACAUGGAUACGCUUCGAACGGUGUAUAAGGUGGAUAGGGCCCACCCUGGAUCUGACGUGGCUGGCGAAACAGCUGCUGCCUUGGCCGCUGCGUCCAUUGUAUUCAGGUCACGUGACCCGGCUUACUCUAGAUUGCUUCUCAGUCGUGCCAUCAGGGUGUUCGAGUUCGCUGACAAGUACCGGGGAGCGUACAGCUCGAGCUUGCACCCUGCGGUGUGCCCUUUUUACUGCGACGUUAACGGUUACCAGGACGAGUUGCUUUGGGCAGCGGCGUGGUUACACAAGGCGUCAAGGAUGCGCGAGUACAGAGAGUACAUAGCUAGGAACGAGGUGAUAUUAAGAGCCGGAGACACCAUCAAUGAGUUCGGUUGGGAUAACAAGCAUGCUGGGAUUAAUGUGCUAAUUUCCAAGGAAGUGUUGAGGGGAAGGGCAGAAUAUUUCGAGUCCUUCCUGCAGAAUGCAGAUGGGUUUAUCUGUUCUUUAUUGCCUGGAAUUUCUCAUCCUCAAGUCCAAUAUUCUCCAGGUGGGCUGAUCUAUAAGGCUGGAGGGAGUAACAUGCAGCAUGUAACGUCUCUGUCUUUCCUGCUUCUAGCCUAUUCUAAUUAUCUAAGCCACGCCAAUAAGGCUGUGCCAUGUGGCGAGACAUCAGCCACCCCUGCUCUGCUAAAACGACUUGCCAAACGUCAGGUGGACUACAUUCUUGGGGAUAAUCCAAUGGGAAUGUCGUACAUGGUCGGAUAUGGAUCACGAUACCCACGGAGGAUACACCAUCGGGGCAGCUCACUGCCAUCAGUGGAGGCCCACCCGGCCCGCAUUGCUUGCAAAGCAGGGUCUCGGUACUACCAAACUCCAAAUCCGAACCCCAAUCUACUGGUUGGGGCCGUAGUGGGUGGGCCCAAUAUCUCAGAUGCCUUCCCUGACUCCAGGCCGAUCUUUCAGCAAUCCGAGCCCACAACGUACAUCAACGCGCCGCUGGUGGGCCUGCUCGCCUUCUUUUCCGCCCAUCCUUGAUUUCCACCCAAGCAAGCAAGGAAAGUGACAAAUUUAAGUGGUGCGCAAAAGGUCACCCUACCCUUUAUUAUUGUGAUUUGUGAAAGAUUCUAACGCUACCCAAUCAUCAAUCACCAAAGAAAUAUCUUGCAUUUGUA